UCAACUUGAAUUAUGAUAUUAAUUUACACAUAUAAGGUUAAUUAUUAAAUUAUAAAUUAAUUUUUUCAGCUGGCAGGUACAUCCUAUGCAUGUAAAAGUCUUAUAUUUCAAAAAAAAAAAUUUGUUGAAUAUCCCAGCUGCUGCUUUACAGGCUCCUCUAUUUUCCGUCUUACAACCAAAUACAGUCAAUUAUGGUAAAAUAGGUUAUAAAAUUGCUCACCAAAUGGCACAUGGUUUUGACACAACUGGUAUCAAAUACAAUAAAGAUGGAAAAAUAUAUGAUCUGCCGGAAGAUAUAAGGAAAUCUAUUGCAGAAAAAACCGAGUGUUUUGCUAAUCAGUAUAAUCAAUUUAAAACCAGCGAAAUAGAAGACGAUAUAAACGAAAUCGAAACAAAAUUAAUAAAUGAAAAUUUAUCUGAUUCGCUGGGAAUAAAUCUUGUAUUUUCCGCUUUGAAAGAAAUCGAGACAGUAAAUAAGUCACUCCAAUUACCUGGAUUAAAACAUUGGAGCAAUAAGAAAAUUUUCUUUCUGUCUUUUGCAAGGUUACAUUGCUUUAAUGCAACAGAAAAGCAUAAAGAAUUAUUGCAAAAUUAUUACAGACGUAGCUCUCGCAAUUAUCGUGUAAAUAUUCCACUUCAAAAUUUCGAAGAGUUUGCUGAAGCUUUUAACUGUCCAAUUGACACUCCAAUGAAUCCAAGUUCUAAGUGUAAAUUAUGGUAA